CUUAGAGAAAAAAUGUAAUAAAACUCACAGAACAGUGACUUUGUCAGGUUGGCGUUCAAGUUGAGGGCGUAACAAACAAAAUCUCCUUGGUGAGCCUUGAAAAGAAAACAGAAACACAGAUGACUGCCCAGCAGAAGAAAAGGACGCUGAAAAUGUCUAUUACGCAGGAUAACUGAAGAAAGGAGAAGUUACUUACAUUUCACAUAUAAAUCUAUCACGACUUUGUAAGCAAUUAAUCUCAUAAUCCUGAUUACUACCCUAUUUUUGCCAUUUUGAAAAUGGCAGGAGGUAGGAAACAUUUGGCAAAUCGAAGUCACCCUAUUCGACCCCCUAGUCUUCCAUGUGAUGAAAAAUCUAGACUUGCGGCUUUAGACGGCAUUGGCCAAUCUCAGAGACACAUCCCCAUGCCUGAUAUUGCAGUGGACGGAGAACUCUUCCAUGAAUUUUUGAUGUUUUCCUUUUCCAUCAUAUCUUGUGGACUUCAAUUUCUACAUCUAUAUCGCUCAGUGUGGUGGCUUCCGAUGUCCAACAACAAUUAUGCCAUGAAUUUUUACUUGGUGGACAUCUACUUGGUUGCAUUUAUUGGAGCUAUGCUCAGUCGUCAAUUUGUGUACUGCCUGUUCAAGAAAAUAGUCAUCCAAACCUUGCUUCCCACAUCAAUUCAGUCCUUUGCAGACAAAAUUUUAAGAUGGACUCUCUUGGGUGUUUUGUCCGUUGUUUUGCUAGUCUGUGCUAUCUACAUACUUGAUGGCAGUCAAAUAGUCAAUAUCUUAUAUUUGGGAUAUCCUGCUUCGGUAUAUUUGAUUCUCUUUGGAUUCCGCAUUGGACCAUUCCUUUGCAGCACUGAUCAUGGACCAGAUCAGCUGAAAGGCGAAGCAUUGCACUCAUGCCCAUCUUCAGCUCCGGCCGUUCGAGCUGAGGCAGACGCUUUAAAAGCUGACUUCAAUGCCCGAAUGAGACAUAUUCUGUUUAAUUCGGUGCUAAGCGCAUAUUAUGCUGCGUUCAUUCCGUGUUGCUUUGCUCAGAGCUUUCUAGCCUAUGACCUUGUGUGGGCAACGCAACACCUGCUCUUUGUGUGGCUUGGCACCUUUACAAUGGCUGCAGCACAAACUUUCCCAGUCCAAUAUGUUGAUGUCCUACAUCGUUCUGCGCUUCACCUGGGAAAGUGGUCCAAGCUGGAGGGAUGCAGAUCUCACCUGCCAACUCAUACGUGGCAUGAGGGCACGGUUUGGCCAAGUGGGUCGCUAGUCAAGUACUUGAGAGAAAUCUACAGAGCUGAGGGAGUUCAGACGGUGUGCGCCGAACCUGCCAACCUUGCGCACGUCAGAUUUUAUGCUGUUUUCCACAACCCCGGUAUCCUGUAUGGCACCCUGCUGCUCCUACAGGGAUUGCUGGUGUUCAUUCAGCUUGGACUUUUGGCCCACAUGGGCUCUGAGUGGUGGCGCGCCCUCUCCUUGACCACAAUGCUCUUUGUCAAUUACUACACCUUGUUCAAAGCGACUCGCGACACAGUUGUUAGCUGGCGACUUUCCACAAGUGAAAAACUGCUCCACUCGAAACUUGCGGCCGGGUGACAAGGGUGGGUGCACCCUACUAAUACAUAAACUAUAGGAAGGGUGUGCAGCUUAGUGGUUUUAAUCUUGUGUUCGCGCUUUUGUGGCUAUGAUGCAAAAACUGAUUUUGUGUAUUUUUUGUGUCUAAAAUGUUAACUCUGUGACAUAAAAAUGUGUCCUGUGAGAUAGACUUGAUAUUUAAGACUUCCCUAUUGAAUGUAGUCUUUUAAACUAGAUGGAGUAAAUAUUCUAUGUUUGAUAUUUGUGUAUUCCUCAUAACAUAACUUUCAACGCUUGCAUAUUGAUUGAUGUGUGCUUUGGUCCCAAUUAAAAAGAUUUUGUAAUCGAGAA